AUGACAGCUUCAUCACCACCACUCUUCUUCUAUGAGCAUGUACCGAAGAACAUCCUCCUCAUCAUUCUCAGCGUCCUCUGUCUCCCCAUCUCCGCCAUCAUCACACUCGUCUCGCUCCUUUUGAGCUAUAUUACAGAAGAUGGAAUGUCGCAAUCGGUAUCUCCCAGUGAUGUAUCUCGAAAAACAAUCCUUGUCACCGGCAUCUCCAUGACCAAAGGACUCACAAUCGCCCGUCUCCUUGCCAAACACACAUCACACCGCAUCAUCGCCGCAGACACGGAGCCUAUCUACUUCACCUCGCCGGGGAGAUAUUCUCGUUCGAUAGCCGAGUUCUACCGUCUGGACUCACCAGAUGCAAAGUCUGUGCAGCCCUACAGUGAUUCGCUACUCUCAGUAAUCCGAGAGGAGAGCGUGGACUUAUGGAUCAGCUGCAGCAGCGUCGUCGGCGCGCUUGAGGAUGGAGAAGUGAUGAGGUCAGCGCAAACAGAGAGAGGAGAGGGGUUUCGAGCGGUGCAGUUUGACAGCGAGGCCGUGGAGAAGCUGCACGAGAAGGAUGCCUUUAUGGAGUAUAUUGAGAGUCUGGGGUUACUGGUCCCGGAGUCCCAUCGGUGCACGUCUGUCGCAGAGGUCGAGAGCAUUCUCGCUACCGACCAAAAUGAGAAGGGUCAAGAAGACGACAAGCGGUUUAUCCUCAAGCCGGUCGGCAUCGACGACAAAGCGAGGAGCCAGGUGAUGACGCUCCUCCCUCUCUCCACAGGGGCCAACGCCACAUCCUCUUACCUGGGGACCCUGAACAUCACCGCCUCCAACCCCUACAUCCUCCAACAAUUCAUCAACGGCCCCGAAUACUGCACACAUGCCCUCGUCGUCCGCGGCAAAGUCCGCGCCUUCGUCUCCUGUCCAUCUUCCGACCUUCUCAUGCACUACGAAGCGCUCCCCGCCAACUCCGCGCUGAACGUGAAGAUGCUCGCAUUCACGAAACGCGUGGCCGAAGACGGCGGCCCGGGAUUCAGCGGCCAUUUGAGUUUCGAUUUCCUCGUCGAAGGCGAGGGCAAGGACGCGCGGUUAUAUCCGAUCGAGUGCAACCCGCGUGCGCAUACGGCCGUCGUACUGUUCCAGGAUAUUCCCGAGAUGGCGGAUGCGUAUCUCUCCUGCUUUGACUCCGAGCCCUGGAGGAAACCCAUCGUGGUACCUCGAAAAUCCGCGAAGAGCUACUACUGGAUCGGCCAUGAUAUCGUCACGCUACUUCUCAUCCCGCUGCUGACAUGGGGUUGUGGAGAAGGGGGUGUGGAUGAGGUCACCGGUGGGAUCAGAGCGUUUUGGAACCACCUCAUGCACUGGCGGGACGGAACGUACGUGGCGUGGGAUCCGGUGCCGUUCUUCAUCCUCUAUCAUGUUUAUUGGCCGAGCCGGUUCGUUGAGUGCAUUCUUCGGGGUCGGAGAUGGAGUCGGAUCAAUGUCAGCACGACGAAGAUGUUCGAAUGUUGA